AUGGAUUCCUCGAGGAAACUUCCAAGCUCUCAGCGGCUUCCGCCACCUGCUCUAUUUCAAGGUCCCCCCUCACAUAAUGCAUCCAAUAUUUCCCUCUCCGUACCUGCUGCUGGACCGACACUCCCCAUUCCGUCUGGUAGUCAACCUCCACCCCUCCAUCGCAACCUUUCCCAUCGCAAGGAUGGCGGCUCUCCAGAUAACCGCAAUUUCCUCUCCCCGUUUAUCUCUCGACGCCCAUCCAAAAAUGAUGUGGAUGGUUCCGACGCCAUCUGGCAGGAAAUGCAAAGCGCCCUGUCCGAAGUAGAACUAAGCGCGGUCACGAGCGAGCAUGUCUUUGGCGAAAAGCAUGCCGAGGCCCUGGAGGACCUUCGCAUGAAGCAAUUGAAACUGGCUCAAGCUUGGGCCCGCAGUGAGGCAGACGAUGAAAUCGUUGGCUCUAGCCCCAAUACGGCCGAUGGCGACAACUCUGCGGCAAGUACAAAGCGUCGCGGGUCCGGGGAAGGGAAUACCACGGAGACCACGAACAAUACUCAAGCACCUGGCAGAGACCGUGUUUCCUAUCGAACCCUCGAUGAAGAAACUGAGAAGGAUAUUAUUCUUGCGCGCAGGCGCCGCGAGGCCAAUGACCGCUAUUUUGAUCGAGUCAACCAAGGUGUGCUGGACGUUGUCGCCAAGCUAGAGGAAGUCUCCCAGGCCAUGCGCACUGUGGAACGAGAAAGCAAAGAUAUCUGGAGUGACUCGGAGAGUGUUACUACAACUGCGCCCUCGUCUGCAAACUCUGGUUGA